GGCUGCCGGGUUGACCUUCCUGUCUGGGUCUCUCUUCGUCUCGCAAUCCAAUUGGUCGCUCCCUUCAUGCCGAUCACGAACUCCCCGCGUUGGUUAACCUGCAAAUUAAUCGCAGAUCAACACGAACCAGCUAUUUAAUCACCCAUAUAAAGUCCUACUAGUCGCAUCGUAUUAAACGCGCGCGCGCGAACACUAGCAUAGCCAGAGCAGCUAGCCACCACCGAACCGCGUCCCGUCCCCGCACGGAGCGAGCUCGAUGGCGGCGUCGGGUGGCGCGUACGCGGCGCAGCUCCCGGCGGUGCCGGAGUGGCUGAACAAGGGCGACAACGCGUGGCAGCUGACGGCGGCGACGCUGGUGGGCAUCCAGUCCAUGCCGGGCCUGGUGGUGCUGUACGGCAGCAUCGUGAAGAAGAAGUGGGCGGUGAACUCGGCCUUCAUGGCGCUCUACGCCUACGCGUCGUCGCUGCUGGUGUGGGUGCUGGUGGGGUUCCGCAUGGCGUUCGGGGAGCGGCUGCUCCCGUUCUGGGGCAAGGCCGGCGUGGCGCUCUCCCAGAGCUACCUCAUCGGCCGGGCGUCGCUGUCGGCCACCGCGCACGAGGGCACGCCCCGCACCGAGCCGCUGUACCCGGAGGCGACGCUGGUGCUGUUCCAGUUCGAGUUCGCCGCCAUCACGCUCGUGCUCCUGGCGGGGUCCGUGCUGGGCCGCAUGAACAUCAAGGCCUGGAUGGCCUUCACCCCGCUCUGGCUCAUCUUCUCCUACACCGUCGGCGCGUUCAGCCUCUGGGGCGGCGGAUUCCUCUACCACUGGGGCGUCAUCGACUACUCCGGCGGAUACGUCAUCCACCUCUCCUCCGGCGUCGCCGGCUUCACCGCCGCCUACUGGGUGGGCCCGAGGCUGAAGAGCGACCGGGAGCGCUUCUCCCCGAACAACAUCCUGCUGAUGAUCGCCGGCGGCGGGCUGCUGUGGAUGGGCUGGGCCGGCUUCAACGGCGGCGCGCCCUACGCCGCCAACAUCGCGGCGUCCGUGGCCGUGCUCAACACCAACGUCUCCGCCGCCACCAGCCUCCUCACCUGGACCUGCCUCGACGUCAUCUUCUUCAGCAAGCCGUCCGUCAUCGGCGCCGUCCAGGGCAUGAUGACGGGCCUCGUCUGCAUCACCCCCGGAGCAGGGCUGGUGCAGACGUGGGCGGCGGUGAUCAUGGGCGUGUUCGCGGGCAGCGUGCCGUGGUUCACCAUGAUGAUCCUGCACAAGAAGUCGGCGCUGCUGAUGAAGGUGGACGACACGCUGGCGGUCUUCCACACGCACGCCGUGGCGGGCCUGCUGGGCGGCGUCCUGACGGGGCUGCUGGCCACGCCGGAGCUGCUGGAGAUCGAGUCACCCGUGCCUGGACUCCGCGGCGCGUUCUACGGCGGCGGGGCCAGGCAGCUCGGGAAGCAGCUGGCCGGGGCCGCCUUCGUGGUGGCGUGGAACGUCGUGGUCACGUCGCUCAUCCUGCUCGCCAUCGGCCUCGUGGUGCCGCUGAGGAUGCCCGACGACCAGCUCAUGAUCGGCGACGACGCCGCGCACGGGGAGGAGGCGUACGCGCUCUGGGGCGACGGCGAGAAGUUCGACGCCACCAGGCACCACGACGCGGCCAGGGGCGGCGGCGGCGGUGGCAUGAUGGAUAGGGAUGGGUCGGCGGAUCAGCGGAUGUCAGGCAUGGGAGCCAGGGGCGUCACCAUUCAGCUGUAGGCGGGCGGGAGGACACGGCGUUUUAGCAGACAUUUUUUUUUCUUGUUUUUUUUGUGAGAAAAGAGCGGAGUUCCAUGUACCAUAUUUGGGCCACCGGCCCAGCGCGUGUUGUUCCCGAUUACCAGCGUAAAUGGGCCAUAACACGGUCGAACUUCCCGUCA